AUGGAGAAUUUCCCAGUUGAAAUUCUGUAUCGUAUUUUUGAUAAUAUUGAUAGUGAAACAAUUCUAUUGUCAAUUCGACCUGUCUGUCGAUUAUUUCGUGCAGUUGUCAAUACUUAUAAUCGAUAUAUUUACAAUUUUGAAUCAAUUUCAAAAUCAAAUUUUCAUCUUCAAUGUCGAUUAAUUCGUCCUGAAAAUGUCACUUCAUUAAUACUUUCCAAUAAUGAACAAAUUCCCGAUCAAAUAUCUUUAUUUAUGUCAUCAGUACGUCUUCGACAAAUGACUCGUCUUCAAUCAAUAACAUUCAUUGGUAUUAAUGAACUUCAAUUAAAUAAUAUGUUCAAAAGAAUACAUCUCAAUUUUCUGACUUCAUUUACAUUACAUAUUGAAAAAUAUGAUGAUAGACGGAAAAAAACUACAUUAAAUUUUCUUUCAUCGAUUAUGGCACAAUCAAACCUUCGAAAAGUUGAGUUAAAUAUUAGAAAUGAUCGAAUAUCUGAGAUACCAUGGCCUUUAUAUUGUAGAAUUGAACAUUUAAUCAUACAUGAAAACAUCACUUUUGAUAAUUUAUGCAGAAUUCUAUCGAGUGCUUCUCAACUUCAUAAACUCAUUCUAAAACAAGAUUUACCCACUAUGAUUGAUCAUAGAAAAUUAACUUUGACUUUCCCACAAAUAACUUCAUUAACAAUUGAACAAUUAGAUGUACCAACUGAUCGACUUGAGUCAUUUCUUAUGUUAACACCAUCAUUGAUUUAUUUAAAAUUAAUUGGCAAAGAAUGUGUAGCAGAUGGAAAACGAUGGGAACAAUUUAUUCAAAUAAAUCUUCCACAUUUGGAUAAAUUUCAAUUUUUUAUGGAUGUUAAAAAACCAAUUGCACAAACUCGUGAAGAUCUUCAAAUAAUUCUUGAUUCAUUUCGAAGUUCAUUUUGGACAAAAUAUAAAAAAUGGUUUAUUGCUGGAGUAUUCAAUAUUAAUCGACCACAUAAUAUUCAACUCUAUACAAUACCAAUUUGCAAAUCUACUUUUAAAUAUGAAUUAGAUUCAGAAAAAGUAUUUGUUUAUACUUCUUUAGAUAUUUCUCCAUCACUAACAGAAAAUAUCAAUGAACUUAAUUUAUCUUUGAAAAUGCAAAUACACGAUAAUA